AUGGUACCACGUUUAACUCAACUUCUUGUGGUAUACCUUGGUGGAUUUUCUGGGCUCCCUGGUACCUUCGCCGCCGACGUAUCUGUGCCCACGUCCAGUGGACCAGUUGAGGGUCACCUGGCAGCAAAUACGACCAGAGUCUUGGAGUUCCUCGGCAUCCCAUAUGCAGCUCCGCCAGUGGCAAAUCUGCGGUUUCAGCCCCCGGCACCGUACAAGGGUAAGGAAGUCAUCAACGGCACAGAUUUCGGCUUUAUCUGCAUGCAGGUGGACAUGUUUGCCGGUGCGCCGACGCAGAAGGGCAAACUAGAAGGAAGAGCGUUGCCGCUUACACCGGCUGGCUAUGCACUACUACAAGAAUACUUCACUGGCAUCCCACCGAUAAGUGAGGACUGUCUCACACUCAACGUUUGGGCAAAGGGCGAUACUGGUGGGGACAAAAAGGCCGUCAUGGUUUGGAUCCAUGGCGGCGGCUUUACUAGUGGAAGUUCUGCCGUGCCUUUUUAUACCGGCAAGUAUCUGGCUGAACAAGACGACGUGAUAGUUGUGUCUCUGAACUACCGCCUUAACAUCUUCGGAUUCCCCGGUGCAGAGUCUUUCCCGUCAAACAAUCUCGGUUUACUGGACCAGCGCCUAGCCAUUGAAUGGGUCCGCGACAAUAUCGCAAAUUUUGGGGGUGAUCCGGAUCGAAUCAUUCUGUUUGGGCAGUCGGCCGGGGGCUCGUCAGUUGGCUACCAGAGUUACGGUUGGGCGUCAGAUCCCGUUGUCCAGGGCUACAUACUCGAGAGCGCUGUGAGCCUCGAUGCUAACUCGAAAGAACAAGCUCAAGAAUUAUGGGCUAACGCUACCAGACUCGCCAAUUGUUCAGACGGCUCUAGUGACUCGGAAGCUGCUGAUAGCUGCAUGCGUCUGGACGUCUCUGCGACAGAUCUUCUUGCCAUCUCGCGGCAGUUAUAUUUCGGACCAACCGUAGAUGGGCGCGUGGUCUUUGAUGAUUAUGAAACGAGAAGGCCCGCAGAUAAGCCGGUCAUUGUUGGACACAAUGACUAUGAGCCUGGUCUGACCAAAGUCCUUGCGCCGCCCCUGCCGGAGAUUAUAUGGCAGCAACAAGAACUCGCUUUCGGCUGUGCCGCGGCAGAGAGAGCAGCAUACUUUGCGUUGAAUGGGCUGCCAACCUGGAGAUAUCGUUGGUUCGGAGAUUGGACGAAUCUGAGGUUGACGGAGAACCCAACUAGUGGUGCUUGGCAUGGCUCAGAGAUUUUACCUAUUUUCAACACGAUUCCGCAGACUGUAGCAGUCAAUACCCCUGAAGAAACUUCAAUAGCCAAUUAUAUCCGCGGUGCUUGGGUCGCAUUCGCUAAAGAUUCCGUCAACGGACUACGGACAUACGGCAGUGGAUGGCCUCAAUAUAGCACGAACGGCGAUACCCUAGUCCGGUUGGCGUUCAACAAUGUGACGGGUACAAAUCUAGUGGCUGGAAAUACGUACGAUAUCGAAUGUCCGCCUUACCCAGUAGUCCCAAGCUUGUAG